UAUCGCAGAAUCAACAACGACUAGUUGUGCUCGGCCUGGAAAGGAUUUCGUGCUCGACGAGUAGACGCGACACCCGUCUCCACAGCGAAACAGUGGUGGGGAACCGGUCGCGGAGCCAGUUAUACUCGCCAGGGCAUCGCGACUCCGGCUUUUCCGUCGAGCACUCAGUUUAGCUUGGUUGCGAGCAAUAAACGGACGUUUUUUCGUGAUCGAGGAGAUAAGUUCUGCAGAUUUGGUUCGGACAUGGUUCUCCAACCGGCACUGUCGGUGCUACCCGUGCUGUUAUUGCUGGGAGGCGUUUCGACUCAAUGCCUCACAGGCAAUGACAGCCCCGCGAUGAUGAAUCCCUCUUCGAAGAAGGCGUUGACCGACGCCAGAUACAACUUCGCUCUCGACACCAUGAAGAAAGCUGCGGCGUUGGAGCAGCAGGGCAACAUUUUCUUCAGUCCUCACAGUAUUUACCAGGCACUGUCCUUGGCGUACUUUGGCGCUCGUGGCACCACAGAGGAGGCCUUGAGGAAGGCUUUGAAUAUCCCCCAUGAUCUGUCCAAGGUCGACAUGCAACGAUAUUACAGCUUCGAGAAAUCCCUCGGACAACUCAGCUCUCAGAAAAACGAGACACCCGACUACGAGCUCGCGUCGGCCAACCGUUUGUGGAUAACGGACAAACGUAAAGUCAGGGAGUGCAUGCUGGACUUCUUCGGCGAUCAGUUGGAGAAGACCGAUUUCCAGACGGAUCCAAACGGUGUACGCGAGCGCAUCAACGACUGGGUCAGCAACAUGACGAAGGGAAACAUUCGCGACAUUCUUCCUCCCAACAGUAUACAGGAACACACCGAUCUGGUAUUGGCGAACGCUGUCUACUUCAAGGGCUUCUGGCAGAGCCAGUUCGACCCAGCCGAAUCGAAGAAGGACCUUUUCUAUAGUUCAGCUUCCCAAAAUUCGAUGGUCACGUUCAUGCACCAGAAGGGAGUCUUCAAUUAUAUGAUCUCCGAGACGCUGGGCGCGCACAUAUUGGAGCUUCCGUACAAGGGCGAUGAUAUAUCCAUGGUCGUGAUGCUUCCACCGUUCGCAACCGCGAGGGCCGUAAAUGGUGCCGACGGCGACGGCAUGCGUCAGCUGAUCGAGCGUAUGUCCACAGCGGAUGGCGCAUCCGAGCUUCGCGAGAUCCUGAGCAACGGUAUGGACCCGCGCGAGGUCGAGAUCUACCUGCCGCGAUUCGAGAUCGAGAUGGAUCUUCCAAUGGGACCGUUUCUUCGAGCCCUCGGCGUAGGGGAGCUGAUGAUCCCCGGCGCCUCCGAUCUGCGAGGAUUCCUCCAGGACGGAGAGAGCCCGCUCCACUUGGGCGACGCGGUGCACCGUGCCCGCAUCGAAGUCACCGAGGAGGGCACAACCGCGGCCGCUGCUACAGCUCUCUUCACGUUCCGUUCUGGAAGACCGCUCCAGCUGGCCGUUUUCAACGCCAAUCAUCCGUUCAUGUACUUCAUUUACAACAAAUCGAUGAAGACACUCCUCUUCAACGGAAUCUAUCGCGUGCCUCCUCCUCCAAAGUCGCAGGCUUAAGACGAUCUGCUGCGUGACUUUCGUCGUUGUUCCUCGCUUGUCCUCGGUGUGCUUGAAACUGUGCGAAUCUAAGAGGUUUGCGUAUCGAUGGCCUCUCGCAGGUGGAAGGAAAGUUGGUUCGCUUGCCUUGUAGAGAACUAGGUUUGGACUCCAAACUUUGGAGACCCUCGGUUUGUUAAAGAACACUCCGGUUUUUGGGUGUGUAACGAGUAGACCGCGGAUCUUAUGCAUUUAGGAUGUAAACUAAUGUAAUAAAUUUGUGGUAAACACGACCAAAAGGGAUCUGCACUUAUGGAAAAUGAGACAGCUAUAUUAACCCCUU